UUAAUCAAACAGUGCGCUAACAAUCGAUUUUAUUUGAAGUCGUUUCGUAACGAGUUAUUGCAUUUUUCACUUUUGAUAUUUUUGUUUCGCCGUUUGGUUUGCGCUUUUAUUGCUUUGAUAUCGUAAAUGAAAACUGUCAGAGAUCUGGUAUUUGAUCGACUUUGAAUUCAAUUCCUUUUGAUUUGUUUAACAAAGGCGAAACUUUUAUAAUGCUUUUUACAUUUACAUAAAAUCCAAUAAUUUAAAAUCUAUAUAGAUAAAAUUAUUAAAUCCCUUUUUAUAUUAAUGUAAUAAACAGUAAAUUAAGUCAUGAAAUCAUUCAUUCAUUCAUUCGUAAAGCGUUCAUUCGAAAACCGGAGCAGUUCUGCGAAGCAAACAUCAUUGGUCAAGAUGAAAAUUAACGGCGUAGUCCUCAAACCAAUGGAAUCAACUCGUGCAGGCUAUGUGAAUAGUGAGCCGCAGGAGGGCGCUACUCACCUGUGACGUGACAGUGAAUUGACGCACACGAGGUAUUUCACGACAAAUACAUCUUCAGAUAACUAAGUCAGAAUUUUUCAAAUUAAGGAAAUCAUUCAACUGAGCGUGUCUUAACUGUCAGCAUCGAACGAAUAAAACAUUAAACGUCCAAAAUGAAAUAUACGGUCUUCUCUAUGCUCGCUUGUGUUGUAGCACUUGAGGCUAAGCCAAAACCCUAUGUUGGAUACGGAAACGGUAUGAUCGAUCUCGGUCCAGCUGGCGCUAGAAUGGGAGGUGUUAGGUUAGGUAAUCGUCUCACCAAUCCACUAGCAAUGGAUGAAUUAGGAUACGGCACUAGCGGGUCUGAAUUUAGUCGAGGCAGCGGUUUUGGAGAUAGCGGUUUCAGUUCUGGUGCCAGCGGUUUGGACAGCAGAGGAUUCCACAAUGGCGGAAGGAGAAACUUCCAUGAUAUUGGACAGCAUCACAGCAGCCGUACCUCGAUCAAUCACGCCGAGAACACAGACAAUCAUGACAUCGGCGGCAGUGAAUUCUUUGACACUGGAGCCCAAUCCGGUACUGGCUUCAACCAAUACGGCAACGGUUUCAACAAAUACGGCAACGAUUACGGAAGCGGACGGCAAAUGACGUCAUUCCUCUAAAAAUUUACCAGUG